CAUUCCGCAUGCAAGGCACCUAAAAAGUCACGCAAGCUACGUUAUAUAUGUACUAAAUCAAUCCAACCCAAGAGAAUCAGCUCAAGUACACAGCCAUGGAGAUUGUGAGGAAACAAAUACUUUCCAUUGUAUUUGUAACACUUGUACUGGUGCCAUCACCCAAUAUCGCACUUGCGCAGCUUGGGCCGCUCUGCAUAUCUCAGUUUUCGGUAGCCAACCAGGCAUGCGCAUUGCUUCCGAUCGGAGAUGGGCCGGAAAUUGUUGAAAAUCAUAUCGAGGAUUCCACAGAUGAUAGUGCACCAAACAGCCAUGAUGUACACGAGGGUGGUGUGCCAGAGCAUCAUGAUGAACAUAGGGACGGUGGGUCAAACCAUCGACAUGGACACACCGGCAACGUGCCACACCACGGACAUGGACAGGUCGGCAGUGGGUCACACCACGGGCAUCACCAUAGGAGCCAGCACGGGCAUCAUCGUAGCGGUAAAAAACAUGCACACCAUCGUAGGGUGGACAGGAAUUGCUGUAGAUGGCUGAAAGAGUUGGAUGAUAGGUGUGUCUGCCAGGUGUUGCUUCGUUUGCCAAAUUUUCUCAGCGUGCCUGACCAUGCAUACACUGUAGAGGUCGGGAGCGAAUGUAAAGUGACUUACAAAUGUGAAGGGUUAUUGGGUUGAACGAUGGUAGGUAUAGUCCAACCAUCUCUCCACCCUACACGUGGCAAGGUGAAUUAUCAAUCUGAACCAUCCAUCUAGUUGGAUCAUAACAAACAUUAACUGUUGUUAUUUCAGCCUGUCGCUAGUCGCUUCUGUGACACUAAUAAGAUGGAAAGGAUCA